CUUCCAUCUUGAUGAAACAAACACAUCGUGAAUGAGAGACCGCGCGCCGCCAGACUACUCGCACGGUACCUACAAUGCAUCUGCAUUAUAAUCGGUGAUUCACUCCUGCGGGUCAGGCAUCAAGCACGAUUGUGAAAGCACGCUGCUUGGCGUCGACGGCCGUUUACAUUUCUGUUUCGCCUACGCAACAUCAGCCCGACAUGCACUACAUCCGGCUUCUCCGUCCACCGAAGCUCUCGUCAUCCCAGCAGCGGAUGCAGACGGAGCUUGUGUUUACCAUAACUACAGACUUGGGGGACUCGUUUCUCUUCCCGGAGGCGCCGAUCGACCUGGUUGUCACGGCACACGCCUACACUCCUACGGGCGACUCCACGUACGAGCUGUCACAGCAUGGCAGGUUGCAGUGGACGCCCGGACGGCGGGUUGCUAAACCCGUGUACGAACUGCCCCCCAUGGUCGUCAGUGCCAUGAUGUCGGGUCACCCAGUGGAGCUCUGCGUCAGCCCCGAGUCGUCGUUCUCUGCGGCCGGGGUCUAUUCCAUUCUUACGUCCCCUGACGAUCCGCAUUCACGUACCGGCGGUCGGGGCCUGGUAAUGCCGGUUCAGGUGACCCUCAACGGUCCAGACGCCGACGAUGAUAUCUCCACUCGCAAGAUUCGGCUCAAUGCGUCCAACGAACCGCCGGAAUACCUUGAGGUCGAAGAAGAGAUCGGCGAGAGCAUUGCCCGCCACAUCUGGGAUGCCGGUGUCGUCGCUCUUUCUGCCAUGACUGCCAUGUACAAGUUCCCCAAGCUCGAGUCGAGCCAGCACCCUUGCAUGCGGGCCCUGCGACGCAUGUUGGACACGAGUGAGUCGGGUAUGAACAUUUUGGAGCUGGGCUGUGGCGUGGGCAUCCUCGGCACGGGUCUCUGCGCCGUGUACCCGCGUGAUCGUGCCGCCGACUGCACGAUUCUCAUGACGGACCUGGACGAGGCAGAAGGUCGGGCUCAAGCCAACAUUGCAUUGCUCAAGCACAACCACUCUGGCUCACAGCUGGGCAACGCGACGAUCCUGUACGAGAACCUCAACUGGGAACACGGGCGUCAGGGAAGGUUUGGCCGCGAGGUGCAGCGCCGCCGCUGGGACUUGGUUCUGCUGAGUGACUGCACUUACAACGUCGACGUGUUGCCUGCGCUGGUAGGCACGCUGUCUGCCUUGCAUGAUGCAAACGUGCAGCAGGCGCGAGCGAUGGAUGGCGAUGCGACUGCGUUUGCGACGAAAGUCUUUCUUGCUACAAAGCCGCGGCACGCAUCCGAGACGGCUCUCUUUGGCUUGAUGGAAUCGGAGGGUUGGAGAACACUGGUGACCCAGACUUUGCCCUUGCCAGUGCUGGGAGGCGAACCAGAAUCGGUCGAGUUUUACCUGUUUGCAAAGGGAUAGCGGGCGACGGGCCGGGCCGCCUGUUCGAGAAACAUGGAACCGUUGUGCCUGUGACGAACCUAGUCCGUUCCAUAAUAAUGAUUAUGCUUA